GAUUUAAUGUGAGAGGGAGGGGGAGAGAGAUCUCCACACGAGUCCCGUCACAUACUUCAUUCGUCACAUACAUACUUUGUCACAUUCAUCAUUCGUGGGGUUGUUAAAACUCACAGGUACACGGCACGCGAACACUUCACACUUCUGUAACACCUGCCCAUCUGAAGGUUUCGAAGACGAAUAUAGCUUUUCAUCGCGAUCGGUCUCGUGGGAUGAUUUUGAUCCGGCAGUUUACCAAAGCAAUCUUGAUCUGGCAUCGCGAGUUUUUCCUGAGAAAGAGAUGGCGUGGAGAGCCUUAGCAGCCUUGACCAUGCUGUUGUGUAUUGGCUCAUCUUGCUGCAAGGAUACUUUAAAACAGUACUCCUCUGAUGACACCAUCAACAACAUCGUUCAGGACCCUAACACCGGCCGAAUCUACCUGGGCGCUGUAAAUGCCAUCUACCAGCUGAACUCUGACUUGGAUCUCGAGAGCAAGGCCGUGACUGGCCCUAAGAACGACAACCGGCAUUGCACUCCUCCAAUAACCACUCAGUGCUCAAAUGCUAAGGCAACAAACAACAUCAACAAGCUCUUGUUGGUCAACUCUCCAAAUGGCACCUUGGUCGUGUGCGGUAGCUUGUUUAGAGGCAUCUGCUCCCUGGUGGACCUAAACAGCGUGGAGAAGUUGGUGUACUACGGCGACACCAAAGCAGAGAAGACGUAUGUGGCCAGCACAGAAGAGACUGUUGCUGUGGUUGGAGUUAUUUCUUAUUUCAUAGACACUAACACUAACACUAAUCUAAGCGUGUUUCUGGUGGGGAAGGGCUAUGGUGGCUCAGACAGCUUGAAGCUUGUCAGCACUCACUUGUUGCAGAAGUAUGGCAACAUGGACGUCUUCGAGAACAUAGAGGAGGGGUCCAUUGUGCAGGCUAGCCCUUUCGCUCAACGUUACCUCCAUGACUUCCGCCACGCUUUCAAGGAUAACGGCUACAUCUACUUCCUGUUCUCGCGGACCCCGGGCACCAGCGAUAGCAGGAAAAUCACGUUUGUGGCACGUCUGUGCGAGGACGACCAUCAGUAUUAUUCCUACACCGAGCUUCAACUCAAUUGCUCCAGCAACAUCGAUGGACAGGAAAACACGUACAACAAGGUCCAAGCGGCAUACCUGGCCACCCCUGGAGCAGUUUUGGCUCAGGAUAUUAAGCUUUCAGAACCAAACGAUAAGGUUUUGUUUGUGGUGUUAAGCGCUGAUGAAGACAGCAGCCGUUCGGCGUUGUGCAUGUACCCACUCAGCGCCAUCAACGCAAGGCUCAAGGAAGUGAUCGAGUCCUGCUACAUAGGAAAAGCUGGGGAGGAAUGGAAACCAAAGAAGGUUUAUUUACCAUACGUCUCCAAACAAGAGGCCAGCUGUUAUAUCAAAAUAACGCUAGACAGGGUGCAGAAUUAUAAAUGCGGAGCAGAGUUCCUUCCCUCACCACUAGCCAGUAAAGCAGAAUACGCCUUGACUGUCAAACCCAUCUACACCAGAAAAGAGAUGCUGACGGCUGUGGCUGUGGCGGUAGAGAACGAUCACACAGUGGCCUUUUUGGGAACCAGUGGGGGAUAUGUAUUAAAGGUGCAUCUCGACCCACAUCACCCUAGCUUCUAUCACAGGAUUUCGGGAGAACACACAGAUAGUGGGGUGAACAAAAACCUGUUUUUUGAUUCAAGUUUUGAUCAUCUGUACGUGACCACUGGCAAAAAGAUCAGGAAAGUGCCGGUGCAGAAUUGUGAACAGAAAAAAGAUUGUCAAUCAUGCGUGUCCCAGCGUGACCCGUACUGCGGCUGGUGUGUGUUGGAGGGUCGAUGCACCAGGAAGAAAGACUGUAGCAGAGGAACGGAAAGGAACGCAUGGCUGUGGAGUCCGAAGCAAAAGUGUGUGACCAUUCAGGCCUUUGAUCCCCCCAACAUCAGCCGCAAGAAAACAGAUUGCACAGAGGUUAAGAUAUACGUUCCCUCCCUCCCAAGCAUCUAUGAUCCAGAUACACUGCAUUGUGUGUUUGGUGAUUUCAUAAGCGAAGCUACUACGGAGGGAAGUAAUGUCAGCUGCUAUCUCCCGACCUCUGAUUCCAUAUCACCCACACCUGACAAGCAAGAUUUUGUGGCAGUGCCGGUGAAAAUUAAGGUGAAUAGCCACAUCGAAGUGGCCUCCAGUGCGUUUAACUUCUACGACUGUGCAGCUGUGGUAAAGAGUGCAAAGAAUACACCUUGCAUAGCUUGUGUAACCAGUCAGUGGGGCUGCCAAUGGAACAUUCAGGAACACUUAUGUAGUGAUAAAAAUGAUGCUGCUGAGGGAUCCCAUAUCAUCAAACAUCUGGACGUUGGCCUGUGUCCGCAGUUUGAGCUCCCAGAUCCUGUUCUCAUUCCCGUUGGCUAUAAAACCCCCAUCAAAUUUCAGGGCAAAAACCUGGAUUUUUAUUCGGGCAAAACCUUACAGAUCGGCACUGAGCUCAUGAAACAGGUGGGCGAGGUGAUCGUGGAGGCUGAUGGUUCAAAGUACAGUUUUGAAGGUUAUAAGUUUGACUACGACAAAGAGCCAGAGGUGAAUGUGACGUUUUACGUAAAGGAUAAAGACACAGAGAGGAUGAUUGACAGCACCCUUACAGUGGUGCUGUACAACUGCUCAGUUCAUCGUGAGGACUGCAGUCUGUGUAAGAACGCAGAGAAGAAGUAUAACUGCGUGUGGUGUGACAACACAAAAUCCUGCACCUACAAGGACCUGUGCAAGCAAGAACUUAGUCAAUGCCCUGCCCCAACAAUUACAGAUAUUAUCCCACGGUACGGACCAAUGGAUGGCCAGAUCUCUGUCACAAUAAAGGGCUCCAACUUGGGCAUCAAGCAGGAAGAUAUUAUAAGUAUUACUGUGGCAAACGUGCCAUGUAACCAUCAACCUGAGAGAUACUCUGUGUCUACUAGUGUUGUCUGUGAGAUCGGGUCUUUUCCCGCAUCACCCCCUCAGGACCUGCCCAAUGCUUACAGCCCGGACGGGCUAGUGGAAGUGGAGGUUGAUGGAGGACGACGGGGACUGUCUACUGUAAAGUUCACUUACAGGGAUCCUGAUCCCCAAAAGGUGACCCCUUCUAUCGGGCCUGAAGCUGGAGGAACCCUCAUCACCAUUACAGGAGAAAAUCUGGACACGGCUAGCAAAGAUGACAUCAGCAUCUUUGUCGGAAGAGAGCCUUGUGAAGUGGUGACAUUCAGCCAGGAGAUUACUUGCAAGACGGGCCCAUAUAAAGGCCAAAAGAUUCCAUCUGAAAAGUUGACCGUCAGCGUGAAGUACGGCAAGGUGACCGUUAAAGAAGUUAAAAACGGAUUUGAAUACUCGGCCAAUCCCAAAAUUACAAAGUUAUUUCCACAGUCUAGCUUUCUUUGUGGAGGCCGUAAGAUCACGGUGGAGGGAUCAGGAUUUGGUCAAGUGCAGAGAGCCACCAUGCUGGUGCUGCCCUCUUCUGACGAUUCGACCGGCGAGACGACCAAUGUUACGUUUGUUCAGGAGUUUAGCAGCAAGAACGAGACGAUUCUGGAGUUCCUGUCUCCAACAGUGCCAAAGGAUUACGAAGACCAGCCCUUAAAAAUAAUCAUCAAGCUGGACAACCUGGAGGAGGUCCUAACGAACUUCGUUUACCACCCUGAUCCCACUUUCACUGACGUUGGGGAUAAAACCAUCAUAGAAGGCACCAGCAUCAAUGUUACUGGACAUGGUUUUAACAGAGCCAUGACUGCCCAAGAGGCCCAGGCGUUUGUGGGCGACGAGCCUUGCGUUGUAACAAUCUUGGAAUAUGAUAAGCUGUCCCUCGUUGCCCCCUCCAGGCCUCCUAAAUCCCCCUCCAGGCCUCCUAAAUCCACCUUCAGUCGCCAUCGCAGAGACACCAGCUUGGAGGCCAUGGAUCUCUUGAUAAAGUUUGGACACAGAGAGUGGAAAGUGGGCUCCGUGCGCAUUAAGAGGAAGUACGAGGUUCCUCUGUACAUCAUAAUUCCAGCUGUCCUCAUACCCAUGAUGCUCUUCAUUGCCAUGUCAAUAUAUUGCUACAGGUAA